AUGGAAAUUGAGCCGAUUCGGCCGGCAGUGAAGAAGAAGCUAUGGAACGUGUUGAGAGCGGUUGUGUUCAUGUUGAGGAAAGGGCUAAACAAAAGCAAGAUUGUGUUCGAUCUUCAUUUAAUGCUCAAACGAAGCAAACUCGCAGGAAAAGCGAUGGCAAAUCUCGUGGAAUUUCAUCACGGAUCUGCUUUCAGUUGCCAAACGAUUGACAUCGCCAAUUCCUACAUCUCAACGCGCGAUUACGAAUUCAGUUGCAGUAACAGUCCUGCGUAUCCGUUCCGUUACUUCAACAAACAUCGAAAACACCAAAACCGCCAUUAUUUCCCCAAAUCUUACCGCUACGACGAUUUCUCCACCGUUACGGCCGUCCAGAGAGUUCUUGAUAUUCUUCAUAGCGAUCAGAAAUCUGAGGCGUCGCCGUUAGUGCCGUUGCCUGGAUUUGGAAAGAGUCCGCUAGUUGUACGGCAGUUGCGUGUUACAGAUUCACCGUUUUCUCUCAAGGACGACAGUGACAGUCAGAUCGUCGAUAAAGCAGCCGAGGAAUUCAUCAAGAAGUUCUACACAGAUCUACGGCUGGAGAAAAGCUUAGCAGCUUAUGAAUCGCCGUUUCGGAACACACUGUGCCGAUGA